AUUGGAGUCAAACAAAAAAAGAAAAUACAAGGGAAAACGGAAAACAAUUUGCCAUUUGCAAUCAUUGGAUUUUGUUGAGUUUUGUCUGCUGCCAGGGCCGGCUGGUUUUUGAAGAUUUGAAGAAAAAAAUAUUACUACGAGUAGGACGACGAUAGGACACACACAAUAAUAAAAAUAAUUGAUAUUUCUAGAACAACAUGGCCGUUGCCACGAAAACAUCACUAAUACUAGCCACAAUAAGCUGUUUGUUACUAUUUUCAUCUAUGCAAAUAUGGAAAAACUGGCUAGCGUUAUCGAACCAGCAAACAUUACUUGGGGGUCUACUUGGCUCAUUUCUUUUUAGUUUCACGCUAACUGCAAUUGGCAACUUUGAAACAUUGUUAUUUGGAAAAUCUUACAAUUUGGGUCUUUUUCCGGAAGUUUUUCUCGCAUUGGUAGUGUCUGUUUCUGCAGCUGCAAGUGUUCAUAGAGUCGCUGGAACAUCAUGUUUACUGCUAUCCUUACUAGCGCUAUUGUAUAUCAACAAGUAUUCUCAAAAAGUAUAUACUCAAGUGGCUCCAAUGCCAGCCUUAAUAGGAAAGAGAAAGAAGAAUAGCUAGAAAUUUUUUAUAUUUAUCUGGAAGGAUGACUGAUUUGAAUUAGGGAUAUUUUUUGGUAAAACCUAGAAAAAUACCUGUCACAGUUGUUUUUCAUUGUGGAAAAACUUGUUCUGAGUUAUUAUUUAUUAGAUCUGUUUUUUUAUAUACAUGUAGCUUUUAUUCCUAA